ACCAAUAAAGAUCAAGAAGAAGAAAAAAGUACUAAACUAACCUUACUUUUAAGCUGUCAAACUACUUAAUAUUUCGAAGUUAAAAACAAUGUUUUUUUACUCAUUUUUGUUAUAAACACAUAUAUUUUUAUUAUGACAAAGAGUACCACUCGCCUAACUUAUGAAAAUAAGAUAAUUUUAGCUCCCAUGGUAAGGGUAGGGACCUUGCCUAUGAGGUUACUCGCUCUUCAAUAUGGAGCUGAUAUUGUAUACUCUGAAGAAUUAAUUGAUUGGAAGCUUCUCAAAUCUGUUAGAAGAGUUAACGAUGUGCUUGGUACUAUUGACUACAUAGAUAAAUCUGAUGGUACUGUAGUUUUCCGAACAAAUAUAAAAGAAAAAGAUAGAAUAGUGGUUCAGAUAGGAACUUGUGAUGAUAAAAGAGCUUUAAAAGUUGCUAAAAUGAUAGAAAAUGAUGUGGCAGGUAUUGAUAUUAAUAUGGGAUGUCCUAAGGAGUUCUCUUUGAAAGGGGGCAUGGGAGCGGCUUUAUUAUUCCAGAUAGAAAAGGCUAAAGCUAUACUUUUAUCGUUGGUACAAAAUUUAAAAAUACCUGUAACAUGUAAAAUAAGAGUUUUUGAAAAUGUUGAAGAUACAUUAAAUCUAGUAAGAGAAUUAGCAAGUACAGGAAUUGCUGCUAUAGCCGUACAUGGAAGAACUAAAUCAGAGAGACCCCAACAUUUAAAUAGGAACAGCACAAUUCAAGCUAUUGCCCAAGAAUUAGAUAUUCCUGUAAUUUCUAAUGGUGGUUCAAGAGAGAUUGAUAACUACAAAGAUAUCUUUAAAUUUAAAAACAAUUGUGGGGCAAGUAGUGUAAUGAUUGCUAGAGCUGCAGAACAAAACUGUUCAAUUUUUUGUAAACAAGGAUUAAAACAAUUAGAUGAUGUUAUAGUGGAUUAUUUGAAACUUGCUGUGGACUAUGAUAAUUCACCAAGUAAUACUAAAUAUUGUGUACAAAAUAUGUUAAAAGAGUUGCAAGAGACUCCAAGGGGGAAAAGGUUUUUAGAAUGUCAAACGUUAGAACAAAUAUGUGCAAUUUGGAACUUGGCUGGAUACUGCAGAACUAAACAAUUAGAAUAUCAGUCCCGAGGCUUACUCGGUCGCAGAGAAGUGACACCAGAUAUGUUUAAUGUUUGCCCCAAAAGGCCUAGAUUGCAGAAAAAUGAAGAGUCAGAUGUACAAGAAUUAAAAUGUGCCUUUAUUAGAGUUAAUUUUCACACAGAUCCUGAACUGCCUAAAAGCAAAUUAAUUGCAUACUGUUCAAAGCACAAACUGAAGCUUCCUGUAUAUAAAAUUAUUAAUGAAGACAAACUCUUUAGAUCAAUUGUGACUUUAGAUAUGAAAAAAUAUACUUCUUCCUAUUGGGAAAAAAAUAAGAGAUUUGCGGAACAAGGGGCUGCUCUAGCUUGUUGUGUGUUUUUAGGAUUGAUAGAUAAAAAAACUUUAGUAGAUAAUGGAAGUAUACUUGAAUAAAGAUUAUGGAAGUAAA